AUGGAAGGCGCUUAUAGUUCGUGGUCGUGGAGAUUUUCGCUAAAAGAGAAAUUUAGAUUAAUCAAGGAUAGUCUUAGAUGGUGGAACAAAACAGUGUUUGGCAAGUAUGAUUUGGAAAUGGAGGAAGGAGUUAGAGAGUUGAAUGAGGCGGAUGAAAGUGAUGUCAUGGGUGAUGAGAUUCAACUUGUUAAAACAAAGGCUAGUGGUAGGUUUUGGUUGAAUCUCAAGAUUAAGGAAAAUAUGCUUAUUCAAAAAUCGAGAUUAAAGUGGCUUAAUGAUGGGGAUUCCAAUAGUAAGUACUUCCAUAGAGUGAUGAAAGAGAGGAGGAGAAGGAAUCAUAUUAGUUCUAUUGUUACAAGGAGUGGUAUUAUGGAAAAGGUGGAGGAUGUUAAGGAAGAAGUGAGACGUCACUUUAAUAGUAAGUUCAAGGAGGAUAAUUUUAGUAGACCGAUUCUUGAGAAUGCGAGUUUUAAUUCCUUAAGUAUGGAGGAAAGUGCUUCCCUUGAGUCCCCUUUUAACAAGGAGGAAAUAAAGGAGGCGGUUUGGAAUUGCGAUGGUUCGAAAAGCCCGGGGCCGGAUGGUUUCACUCUCUUUUUCGUGAAGAAUUGUUGGUAUUUUCUAAAAGAGGAUUUAAUGGCGUGUUUUAAGGAGUUUUUCUCGGGAGGUUCUAUCUCGAAAUCUAUUACUUCUUCUUUUUUAUCCCUAAUCCCUAAGUCUUCUAAUCCUUUGGGGUUGGACGACUUUUGUAACACCCCGUAA